UUCCUCUAGCUCCGGCCCUGUGCGGGUCAGACAGGAACAAUAUGGCGCCGGGAGCAGCGUUAGCCUCUGGACCAGUCGUUGUCUGAAAGACUGGCGAUCCGGCAGGAUGAACCUCUGCGCCCAAUAUCUCCGACAGGCAGAGGCCCUGAAGGCUGACAUGACAGAUUCAAAGCUGGGGGCGGCAGAGGUGUGGACGUCCCGGCAGGCCCUGCAGGAUCUGUACCAGAAGAUGCUGGUGACCGACCUGGAGUACGCUCUGGACAAGAAGGUGGAGCAAGACCUGUGGAAUCAUGCUUUUAAGAACCAGAUCACUACGCUGCAGAGCCAGGCCAAGAACCGAGCCAACCCCAACCGCAGCGAGGUCCAGGCCAACCUGUCGCUGUUCCUGGAGGCAGCUAGCGGCUUCUACACACAGUUACUGCAGGAGCUGUGCACCGUGUUCAACGUGGACCUACCGUGUCGUGUCAAGUCGUCUCAGCUCGGCAUCAUCAGCAAUAAACAGAGCAACACCAGCGCCAUCGUCACCCCGCAGCCCAGCUCCUGCUCCUACAUCUGCCAGCACUGCCUCGUCCACCUGGGAGACAUAGCACGUUACCGUAACCAGACCAGCCAGGCCGAGUCGUACUACCGACAUGCAGCUCAGCUGGUCCCAUCAAACGGUCAGCCGUACAACCAGCUGGCCAUCCUGGCCUCCUCUAAAGGAGACCACCUCACCACCAUCUUCUACUACUGCCGCAGCAUCGCAGUCAAGUUCCCCUUCCCAGCAGCCUCCACCAACCUACAGAAGGCCCUGUCCAAGGCUCUGGAGAGCCGUGAUGAGGUGAAAACCAAGUGGAGCGUGUCAGAUUUUAUCAGGGCCUUCAUCAAGUUUCACGGUCACGUCUACCUGAGCAAGAGUCUGGACAAGCUCGACGGUCUGCGGGAGAAACUGGAGGAGCAGUUUCAGAGGCUGAUCCUGCAGAAAGCCUUCAGUUCUCAGCAGCUGGUCCACAUCACCGUCAUCAACCUGUUCGAGCUCCACCACCUCAGAGACCUGACAGCUGACGGCAGUGAGCAGAGCUACAGCAGCGAGCAGCAGAUCAGCUGGUUCCAGCUGCUCGGACUCUUCAUGUCCUUCCUGGGCGUCAUGUGCAGCCGAGCUCUGCUCAACAAGAGCCGAGGGGAGGAGAUCAUGGGGGAGUGUCCUCUGCCGGCAAUCAAAGUCUCUCUGGACUGGCUCAAACUGAGACCCAGCGUCUUCCAUGAGGCCGCUGUGGACCAAAGGCAGCACAUCUGGCCCUGGCUGGUCUCCAUCCUCAACAGUUUCCAGCCCAAAGAGGACGAUGUGUCCUGUUCCUCAGUGACGCCCCUGCCAGAGGAGUUUGAGUUGCAGGGUUUCUUGGCGCUCCGCCCGGCUCUGAGGUCCCUGGACUUCACUAAAGGUCACCAGGGCAUUUUGGUGGACAGGGACGGCCUGCCGGUUCACACUCGACAUCAGAGACUCAUCAGUCUGGGCAAAUGGGUGGCCGACAACCAGCCGGGGCUGAUCCAGUGCCGAGUGAGUGAGGACGGCCUCCUCCUCUUCAUCACUGACAUUCCAGAGCAGGCCAUCGAGGAGCCGCAGGAGAAGGAGGCGCCGGUGCUGCAGGAGUCGUCCAACGCUGAGCAGACGGCCAAUGACGGCGGAAACUCCGGCCUGAAGUCGGUGCUGUCGGCGGGGAAGACGCAGAGCUCGUGGCCCGACGGCAGCGACCGACCUGUCGUCACCUUCAAGGAGAACAUCAAACCCCGAGAGCAGAGCCGAGAGCCCACGCGAAACCAUCAUCUGAAAGACAGCGGCAAGGAGCGCCGAGACUUCACCAAAGGCAACGGGGCUGCUGGGAAAGGAGAGCUGAAGAGGGACGCCAAGAGGAAGAGCGAGCUGAAAAAAGCCGGACAUGAGAAAACUGCUGAUGCUGGAAAACAGGUGAAGGCGCAGACGGAGCUGAGGAAGACUCCGGUGUCUGAGGCGAAGAAGACUCCUGCCACUCAAACUCAAACUACCUGCUCCUCCCAGUUCAUCCCCAUCCAUCAUCCUGGGGCCUUCCCGCCGCUGCCAAGCAGACCUGGUUUCCCCCCCUCAGCCUACGUGAUCCCGCCCCCGGUGGCGUUCCCGGGACUUCAGGUGAAUCCAGGUUUCACCUUCUCCACCGGAGUGUCCGUCCCCGGACCAUUCCUCCAGCCGGGCGUCCACACCCAGGCCGGCACCCAGGCCGGGAAGCAGUCCCACAUUCCCUACAGUCAGCAGAGGCCCUCUGGUCCCGGUCCAGGUCAGGGGCCAGGGUCCUCGGGACAGGGCCCGGGGCCCAUGAACCAGGGCCCCUCCCAGGGUCAGCAGCCCCAGCCCCAGGCUCUGCAGCAGUCGGUCCAGCUGCAGGUGCAGGCGAUGAGCCAGCAGCAGCAGCAGUCUCCCACCAAACCAGUCCAGCAGGUCGGGAUGGGGAAGAGUCCACCUCACCACCCGGGGCUGCAGCAGCAGUACAUGCAGGUCCAGGAUCAGCCGGCUCAGAUGUGGAACCAGGCUCAGGCUGCUCUGCAGAAGAUCCCUCCCAUGCAGAUGUCCCUGAAGCAGCCUCAGCAGCAGCCUCAGCAGCAGCAGCAACAGCAGCAGCAGGCCUUCUACAUGGCGGCUCAGGAUCCUCUCAAACUGUACGAGCACCAGCUGCAGCCGCCCUCCCAGCCGCAGCUCUCCAACAUGGACAAGAAGAUCAAGUACCCCAACAUGAAGAUGCAGGACUUCUACUGGGAGCCGUCGUACAGGAUGGGCGACGGUCUGGCUGUGAUGGCAGACAGGAUGAAGAGGCCUCCGCCAGGUGGUCUCUGCUCUGAGCAGGACGGCUCCGCAGGGCCCCGGGGUCCCCCGUUUGAGCUGCCAAACCAGACCAGGAUGGAGAGCGGCCCCGAGGUUGUCAGCCAAUCAUCUUCUCUCCUGCCCAUGUCCGGCUUCCCCAUGCAGGAGUACAACCAGAACAGCAUCUUCAGUCAGGCCUAUGGCAAGAACCUGCCGCCCAGCUCCAAGCCCGAUGCUCCCAUGAUGCACCAGGAGCCCUCCCUCUACUCCCUGUUUGAAGGGACUCCCUGGUCCCCCUCCCUCCCUGCCAGCUCAGAUCACUCGACCCCGGCCAGCCAAUCCCCUCACUCCUCCAACCCCAGCAGCCUGCCAUCGUCCCCUCCAACACACAACCACGGAGCCAUGCCCUUCUCUAACUUCGGGCCCAUUGGCACUCCGGACAGUCGGGACCGCAGGGUGGUGGACCGCUGGAAGGCCGACAAGACCGGAGCGGUCAGUGGCUUCGGCCUGGACUACCUGCCGGCUGCAGCUUCCUCUGCAGCUUCAGACACCAGCUGGCACCAGGCGGGGCCAACUGGCAGCUCCUGGACCAAUCAGGAGUCUCCAAUGGAGGAGUCGUCCUCCACCGUGCUGCUCGACAGCCUCAAGUCGAUCUGGUCCAGCUCCAUGAUGCAGCCGGGCCCGUCGGCGCUGGAGCAGCUCCUCCUGCAGCAGAAACAGAAGCAGCAGCGAGGUCAUGGCGCCAUGAACCCGCCCCACUGAACGGCAGGCCGAGGCGGCGCUUUGUGUCCGGACGUCAACAAAACCACCACCAGGAGAAAAAACGGGAGGAGAAAAAAAACAGAAGUUUGACGAAGACGAGCUCCAACUAAAAUGGGAAAUUAAACCGGCGAGAAAAGGUGGAGGCUGGGGAGGCGACACGACCCCCCGAUGAGGCUGAAACACCACCCCCACCCCCCUCGGCUGUCGAGGAGCGGUGACGCCCCUCCUGGACCGGAGGGCGCGGGAUCUCUUCAACCGCGGUGCCACGCGCCACGCCACCGCCGGGUUUCCUUCAACCUGCGGAAAAUCUGAACAUUGAGGAACACACCCCCCCUCACCACCACAGGCCCCCCCUGGUUUUGGACAGACGCCACACCUCCACCACUCCUCUCUCAGCUGCAAGAACUUCCUCUUUCUUUGGAACAAAAUAAAAAAUAAAGCGACCUCCUGGACGUCUGCUCGGUCCGGUCGGAGCGCCUGUUUUUAGCGUCUCCGCCACCGCAGACUGAAGCGGGGGUGACGUGAGAGAGCGAGGACAGUGUGGUGGUCGGGUUUAGGGGGGAGGUCAGGUGAAGCGCCGGGGGUCAACAUAGACUGGACUUUCUGAUCUCUCCAAUCAUUUUCAUUACUGUGGAGGAGGAGGAGGAGGAGGAGGAGGAAGGCUCUCUGUAGCUGGUUGGUUGAAUGAAGGAAGACAGGAGGACAGUUUGGGUUACAGCUAUAUAAAUAUAUAAAUAAAUAUAUAUUGCCAUAGUUGGACUAAAGGGGCCGUGUCUCUUAGCCGUGUCGUGAGAAUCAGGACUGGACGCUGCUUUGUGAAGCCAGGUGUGUAACGUCACCUGACCGACCGCUCGCUGUCCCGCCUGAUUUGAAGGAAGGGCCCGGAGGCCCGCCGACGGGACGGCUUCGGGAAACGUCACGGGAAAGACAGAAGUACAAGGGAAGGGGGCUAAGGACAUAAACACCCCGUCAAACUUAGGGAUAGUAUUACCGUUAGCUUCUUGAGAUCGCAGAUAUUAACAAAAAAAACAAACAAACUGUAUUUUGUGAUUUGUUCGUAGCAGUUUUAGCUUCACGCUCUCUGAGGUGAAUACAGGUAUGUCUAUUAGCUUCCUGCUUGAAUAUUUUCGGGGUUCUCUUCCUCUCCGGCCUCUUCUUCCUGUUAUUUCUUUACUUAACAAAGAAAAAAACCCGAUGUAACCCUGCUCGCUUACUUAACCUACAUUUACUGUUUCUUUAUGUUCAUGUUCUGCCUUUUUACUAGUGUGAAGCAGCUCUGUGGGCUCUGCUGUGCCUGCUCACUGUCCCCUUACUACUGACCGCUGUAGAGGUUAGGCCGCAGACAGACAGACAGACAGACAGACAGGUGUAUACAGGUAGCUGGCUCAGCCUGAAUGUUUCCCACUAUCUGUUCUUCAGUAACCACUACUGCAGCUCCACCCUGUACAGCAGAUUUUUUUAUCAACGGUAGCGUCAGGAAGCUCUGCGGCUCUGAUUUUAUUUGGUCUGAAACUGAAACCCUGAACUGUUGAACCUGAAGGAACUACGGAGAACCGCAAGGGCCAAACUCAGGAGCUAAAAGCCCUCCCUCCCCCCUUGUUUUUUUGUACAGGCACAUUUUGACACGUCUGAUGAACCAUGAACAUGAAGCAGUUACUCCUGAAACAGUUUUCACUCCGUCAGCUAAAGAUUAUUUUCAUCAUCGAUUCAUCUCUGCAUGAUUUUUGUGAUCAACUGAUUAAUCGUUUGGUUUAUAAAACAUCCGAGAAGUGUGACAAGCUCCAAGAUGACGUCUCCAGACGGCAGGUUUUGUCUGAUCAGCAGUCCAAAAGAUAUUCAGUGUGAGAAUAUAUUCACACAUCGGUAGACUUUCGUUUGUAAAAUGUCAGAAAAUAAUUUUAAAGUUGUUCUAGGUCAGUUAAUCGUCAUGUAUGACGAAGUGCGGCAAAGUUUUCUUUCCAUAUUUGAGCAGGUGAAACCAUCUAAUUAUUUUAUUUGAAAAAAAAAAAAAAAAGAUUAAUUGAUGAUCUCAUUUUGACACGUCUGAUGAAAACGAAGCAGUUCAGCCUGUUCUCAUUCCAAAGUCGUCAAAUACCGCAGCUUUGUCAGUGAUUUUGACGUCAGACACGACGCCAAAAGCUUCCUGUCAGUAACAACAUGUUCAGGAGCUAGAAAGUCCCUAUGGGGCGGGCGGGAGCGCUCAGUGUUCACUCCCUGUACGUAUGCAGAGCCAAACUGUGAUGGUUUUUAUGCCUCCGUGCCAGCAACAGCUGAGGAUGAAGGCGUUGUGUUUUCUGGUUGUCCGUCCGUCCGUCCGUCCGUCCGUCCGUUUCAUUCUUGUGAACCUGCUAUCUAAAGAAUACGUUGAGGGAAAUUUUCUAAAUUUGGCACAAACCUCCACCUGGAUUCAACAAUGAACUGAUCAGUUUUUCCUGUAUCCUAAGGACACCUUCUGUAAUUUCUUCAAAUUUGGCACAAACGUACACUUUCAGUCAAAGAUGAACUAAUCAGAAUUUGGUGGUCAGAGGUCAAAGGUCACUGUAAUCCUGUCUGUUUCAUUGUCUUGAAUGUGGUAUCUCAAGAACACUGAGGUGGGAGUUUCUUUAAAUUUGGCACAAACGUCCACUUGGACUUGAGAAUGAACUGAUUAGUUUUAUGGUCAAAGGUCAGUGUGACCUCACAAAACAUGUUUUUGUCCAUAACUGAAGAAUUCAUUCAUUCAAAUGUCUAACAGGAUGAAAUAAUGAAGGUCAAAAGGUCAAAGGUCAGCUUGACUGUGACAUCAUCAUGUUUUAACGUCAUAUCUCAGGAACAGAAGGGGAGACAUUUGGUCAGAUACUGAAUUGGUGACUCUAAUCUUGAAACUGUGCUGAUUGUAUAGAUCUUCUGUGUGUGAAGCAUCCAUGUUUUCACUGACAUGGAUGGAGACUGUCAGAGACACUGGACUGGUGGGCGGAGUCAUACAACCACAGGGUGGACUGGUGGGCGGAGUCAUACAACCACAGGGUGGUGAUUUUGGUUCUUAACCUAAACAUGUGCUUUUGUCAACGUCCCUGUGUGUUACACAAAACAUGUAGACGUGAAAGUCCACUGAAGCGGUGAUAUGUGACGACUCGAGGAUGAGAACGUGUUGGUUCGUCCUGAAACAAUUUUGACUCAAACAACAACACAGAGUCUUUGUUGUUGAUGGCUGCAUCUAAACAUUAUUCUCAUCAUCAGUUCAUCUUCCCGUUACUUUCUUGAUGAACUGAUUAAUCGUUUGGUUUAUGAAACAUCAGAGCAGCGUGAGAUGACGUCACACUCAGAAAAUAUUCAGACUGCUGGUGAAGGAAGGAAAACCAGGACAUAUUCACGUUUUAAUAAACUGGAACUUGUGAGUUUUUGUCACAUUUGUUUGGAAAAUAAUCUCCAGAGAUAAAUCAAUGAUCAAAAUCUUUUUCUGUCGGUCGACUCUUGUCCGUAAAAUGUCUGAAAAUCAUUUUGAAAUCUUCACGUCUGAUUUAGAGAGCUGUCACGUAUGACACAGAAAAGCAGCGUUUGUUUUAUAUUUGAGCGGCUGGAACCAUCAGAUGGUUCAUGUUCAGCUCUCUGCUCCUGCGUUUGGUUUGUGAGAGUGAAAAGUGUUCUCACUAAUUUAUUUCUGCGUUAAUGAUCCACAGCACCCCGACAGCCCCUGGGCAGAGACUGUUUUAUUUUUAUGUCCAGGAACUAAAUAUAAAGUUCCUUUAAAAGGUUCCUGAGUGUCUGGAAGGUUCCUGUGGUGGAAACAAGGUUUUAUUCUGUGGUUUCAUCCCUGUAGAGCAUUUACCGUCAGUCCUGGUUGUUCUCGAGCCAAUCAGAAAGCAGAGAGUGACGCUCAGAGGCUCCAGCGUCUUUAGAGGUGACGGUUUAGACUGCAGCACUGUAAGUAACUUCCUGUCCAGCUGAAACCAGCAGAAAGCUGUUUUUCUACCUUCAACACUCAUCGUUUAGUUCUGAGGGAUUAAAACAAAACAAAACGUGAAAGCCUGUUUUUAUUUUCCAGUCGAGGGUGUUUUAUCGACUUCAAAGAGACGUGUCUAUUUUCCGUGUGAUUGUGCUUUUCAUGUUGCAUUUACAAAAUGUAUUUGAAAAAUAAUAAAGAUAAAAUAAUGAAUGUGAGGACACGAGGCCAGCGGAGGAGAGACGGAGCUGGUGACUGGCUUUGUUUUUUGGAGUAAGAACUAAAUGGACAUUCCACUCUGAGAUGUUGGGGAGGUUUGGAGGCGGCGGCGCCUCCUCGCUGGUCGGAGCUCUGACGGCAGAGUCGCGCUCACGUCUGACAGGAAACAUGAACCUGAGCUUUGACUUGUGAGGCUUUUUGUGUUUCUGUCUCUUUGUAGACUUUGAGAAACUGGUGGAAUCAACCUUUAAAUAAACGUUAACUAUGUUCUCCCUUAA